UCACUGUAUCAAUAACCUCCCUCUCAUUGUCGCCCACACCACAUCCUCCCGUACCUGUAGCAAUCAUGGCGGCACCAGAGAAGUUUGACGCCGUCAUCGUGGGCGCGGGCUUUGGAGGAAUCUACCAACUCUAUCGCCUGCGCAAGCUGGGACUGUCAUGUCUGGUCAUUGAUCAGGCCGGAGGAGUGGGCGGCACCUGGUACUGGAAUCUCUACCCAGGUGCCAUGUCGGAUACUGAGAGUGUGGUCUACCGCUACUCGUGGGACAAACAAGAUCUGUCCGAGUAUCCAUGGCCGGAACGCUACGUGAAGCAGCCCGAAGUGCUCGCCUAUCUCAACCACGUCGCCGAUCGAUACAAUCUGAAGCAACAUAUGCGCUUUCACACCGAACUGACUGCUGCCAGCUGGGAUGAUGCUUCCCAAUCGUGGUCCCUCAGCACGAGCAGUGGUGAGAUCACCGCCAAGUAUUUCGUGACCUGCCUGGGCAUUCUCUCCAAGCAGAACUUUCCAGACAUCCCCGGUCUGCACUCGUUCGCCGGCGAGCUUCAUCACACUGCCCGCUGGCCCAAGGACUGUUCCUUCGCAGGCAAGCGUGUCGGUGUCAUAGGAUCCGGAUCGACUGGCGUCCAGCUGAUCACGGAAAUCGCAAGUCAGGUCAAGUCUUUAGUAUCUUUCCAGCGACAUCCGCAGUAUAGUGUUCCAUCGGGAGACGUCAAAGUGACACCCGAGGAGCGCAAAACGAUUAAUGAUAAUUACGACGCCAUUUGGCAUCUGGUCCGCAAUUCUCACACGGGAUUCGGCUUCGUAGAGAGUACCAGACCCUAUCACUCCGUCUCGCCUGAGGAGCGUGAGAAGAUUUUCCAAGAGCUGUGGGACAAAGGCAAUGGCUUCCAUUUUAUGUUUGGCGGAUUCAACGACAUCGCGACAAACCGAGAGGCCAAUGAAGGCGCCUGCGAUUUCAUGAGGCGGAAAAUUGAUCAAAUAGUGAAAGACCCCGAGAAAGCCAGGAAACUGAAGCCGUACGAAAUGUUCGCCAAGAGGCCGAUAUGCGACGGCAACGCGAAGACUGGCCAGAAGUACUUUGAGCAGUUCAAUAGAGACCAUGUCGACAUCGUGCACCUGGGAGAGACGCCCAUCCAAGAGAUCGAAGCCAAGGGCGUGAGGACUGCAGACGGAAAGCUCCACGAACUGGAUAUGCUGAUCUUGGCGACGGGCUUCGAUUCCGUGGAAGGCAAUUACACGAGACUGGCAAUUCGUGGACGGGACGGCGUCACUCUACAGGACGAGUGGAAGGAAGGGCCCACCAGUGCUCUAGGAAUUUUCGUUCCGAACCAUCCCAAUCUGUUCAUGGUCAACGGAGCCAAGGGACCUUUCACCAAUCAGCCUCCUGGCAUCGAAGCGCAAGUCGACUUUGUCGCGGACACGAUCGAACGUGCCGAACAGGCCGGAACUCGCCUGGUCGAAGUCUUGCCUGAAGGCGAGCAAGCAUGGUCACAGCUCUGCGCCAAGCUCGCCGUAGGAACUCUCUUCUGGGAGGCAGACGGGAGUUGGAUAUUCGGAACGAAUAUACCUGGUAAGAAGAAGACGUUGAGGUUCUUUUUUGGUGGCAUGUCAGGAUAUCUCAAAGAACUGGAAAAGUGCGUCAGAGAAGGAUAUCCUGGUUUCCGGCCGUUCCUGCAGCAGCAGCAACCAGUCGCGGCUGCCUCGCAGCUUCAGACCGACGUUCCUGCUGUUGUGGAGGGCAGUAAAGCUAGCGCGUGAGCGUCCAGCUGUACAUCCGUCGGAUCUCUCUCUUCCAGGUUUCCUUCCAGCUUACCUACAUGUUCCCACCUUCCGUCUUUGGUCUGUGUGCGUAUUAUGAGUGCUGUAGUCUUUUCCUGAACCAUCUAGAUUAGAUACCUUACAUGUACCUACCUACCUUACUCUUGCAUAAGGAGGUACCUAGGUAACGAUUCUGUUCCAUCCAACACGUCUCUACACACAUAUCAGCUAAGUAUGUAGCAUGCCAAUCCUGUCAUCAUGAAUGAGCGGCAUAUGCAAAAAUGACUGUGGCCUCAGAGAUCAUCCGACACGGCAAAUGUGCCCAUCAUCUUAUCCAUCUCCUCCUUGUGCAUGAUAGAGCCACUGUUGCGCUCCGUUGCAGGCGUAACCUCGCUCUCGUUGCUGGGAACCUCGGCCACAAAAGCGUCGUACAAUGAACCGGGCGACGAUGGCUCUCCCGACGAGAACAUCUCGCACGACUGCCUCUCUUUGCCUUUCUGCCUGGGCGCCAUGGGAAGCCCAUGUGAUGAUGAUGAUGUCGCAUGAGGCAGAUGUGCGGGCAACGCCGCCAUACUGGUAGCCGUGUCCAGCAUCGUCGUAUGCGGCAUGCUGCUGCUGACACGUGCAGUGGACGCAGCUCUGUCGUCCCGUUCUGGCAUCUUCGUUGAUUGCGGUAUGCUGAAUGUUGCACGACGUCCCACACGUGAGCUACCGCGAGCGCAUGUCCCUGGUUGCUAGCCGGACGGAGUGGCCAUGGGGGACAGCUUCGUACGAGGAAGGCGCGUGUUGCUGAUAUCUCCCAGUGCUGCAGCUCCGGAUAUGACUUUGUCCGUAGAUGCUGACUGAAGAACAUCAGCAUAUGUCAAUCAUGUGUGUCAAUAUUCCACGCAUUGGUAGACGUGGGCGGUACCGCAUUUUCUUCGUCUAGAGUGUCUGGAUUUCCCCCGGGUCCAAAGGCCCAAUGCGCAAACUGCGAAGCUGGUUGAAGAUGAGCUUGGUAGGCCGCAGACUGUUGAGGUUGCGCUGGCAUUGGCACUGAACUGAAGUCGUAGGCUGGCUGGAAAUAAGUUUGCUGUUGCUGUUGCUGCUGCUGUUGGGCGGAAGGAACUCCUUGUCCAGAGAUCAAUGGCCGAGUGAUCUGAUACACGGGAGGUUGCUGGAGAUAUUGCUGAAGAGGCGGACUAACGUGAUGCACCGGAUGAGCGUUCGCCGCACUGGACGUAUGUUGCAUGGUAGCAGGGGUGGUUUGAUACGCAACCUCUCCGGGGGCCAGCGGCGAUGAUCCAUAGGACAGGCUACCACGCGUGCUGCUUGAAAACGAGGAUGACGAUCCAGGAUGCUGCCACGUGCUCUGCCUCCGUGCCGGUCCAUCUAUUUCGCGUAGCCUCGAGUUGAGCUCUUCAAGCAUGGCAGAAGUUUCUGCUUGAUAGCGUUGGUUCCAGCUCAUAUAGCCCCAGCGGAUUCCGAAUCGUGACAGGCAUUCUGUUAUCUGCUUGAUGCAGGAAAUACUUCGAACAAUAUUGAAUCUGAGUGCUGUGUCGCCCGGUGGCAGUGCCACGACGGGCAUCGGUGGCGGCGCGGCAGCCGAGGGCUUUACUUCUGGAUGUGCUGGUAUAUGACCCGCCAGGAGACCGUCCGUGUUAUGUUGCAGUGCAUCAAGAAACUGUCGUCCAGUCAUAUAGGCUCGCAUAGCGUCGUAGAACGUCAGAGGUGCAGUAUAUGCCGGAUCGCUGAGCAACCGGAGCAUUAGAUCGGCAUACCGAGUGCAGUACUCGAAGACGAGCUUCUGCGCGAAAGGGUGCACCACGGGAACUCUUGGCGAAGGCGACAGAACAUAAACAUAAGAGUAUAGCAAGUCCAGCUCAAAGAAAGCCCGCAUAUCAGCCGACAUUGAAGAUGGCAAACCGUCGAACCAUUUGCGCAUGGAGUCGCAGGUGUCCCAGAUGUAGUGAUAUGGUUCCUCCCAGCGGGAUCGGCCUGAUUGGAACAAAUCGCUGUACCACUGCGACUGUAUCUGGCGAAGCUUGAUUAGGUCUGCGACGUAUUCAUACGUUUGGAGCCAUAGGCCUUGCGAAGUAUUGGGACGAGGCGAAUUUGACGCCGUAUUCGAAGGCUUCGAGAAUGAUAUCUUGACUCUAGCACUAUCAUCCGAGAAGGAGAAUGCACGCGUCUGUACGAGCGAUGUAGAGCGAUCCAGAGCAUAGAUGCAAUGGUAGACUCGACGUCUCAAUUCUAGCUUAGCCCUGGGCAUGGCCGUUCCCUUGGGAGGAUCCUGAUGCAGGCCGAGAUCAACCAUGGCUCGGGAAGCCGCACCGAUGAGUUGCCAAGAAUCGAAGUGGUGAGGAUCGAGCAUCGCGAAUUCCGUGAGAAGAACCAGAGCCUGUAUGCUCGCGAUUUCUCCUGGACGAAGUACGUCUUCAGAGUGAGUCAGGGUAGCGCAGAUGUGACCUAUAGACUCUAUGUAGCGUUGAUCGCCACGCUGUUGUGACAUGGAAGCACUGGAGAUAGCCAGCACGGCUCGAACCAUGAAGUGGUCGUGCGGCGUGGCUUGAUGCU